GCCCAACAUGGCACCGGUACCCAUGCCUUCGGCUCUAACAUUCGAGCUGCUGGGAAAGUGCUCUGUUACCAAAGCCCGCGCCGCGACCCUCCAUCUCCCUCAUGGGCCCGUUCCGCUUCCCAUGUUCAUGCCGGUGGCCACUCAGGCUUCACUGAAGGGCCUCACGCCAGAACAGCUGGAGGAGGCAGGAUGCCGGCUGUGCCUGAACAAUACGUACCAUCUAGGCCUUAAGCCAGGACAGGCAGCAUUGGAUGCAAUAGGCGGCGCGCAUAGACUCCAGUCAUGGCCGCACAAUAUCCUCACAGAUAGUGGUGGCUUCCAGAUGGUUUCACUGCUCAAGCUCGCACAGAUCACAGAAGAGGGGGUUCGUUUCCUGAGUCCGCAUGACGGCACACCUAUGCUUCUCACUCCAGAACACUCGAUAUCCCUCCAGAACUCCAUCGGCUCCGAUAUCAUAAUGCAGCUCGAUGAUGUCAUCGUAACGACCUCCCCCGACCUCGUGCGUAUGAAGGAAGCAAUGGAGCGCUCCGUCCGCUGGCUCGACCGGUGCAUCAAGGCGCACAAGUACCCCGAACGGCAGAACCUCUUCUGCAUCAUACAAGGCGGACUGGACCUGGAUCUUAGGCGGGAAUGCACGAAAGCGAUGGUGGCACGGGACACUCCUGGCGUUGCUAUUGGCGGUUUGUCCGGGGGGGAAGCGAAGGACGAGUACUGCAAGGUGGUGGAUACGUGUACUGGGUUGCUACCGGAGAAGAAGCCGCGAUAUGUGAUGGGAGUAGGAUAUCCGGAAGACCUAGUCGUCUCCAUAGCGCUCGGCGCCGACAUGUUCGAUUGCGUGUGGCCAACAAGGACUGCUCGAUUCGGAAAUGCAAUCACGGACCAAGGCGUGUUGAACAUCCGAAAUGCAGCAUACGCGGAGGAUUCCGGUCCCAUCGAAGAAGGCUGCCGGUGCGUGUGCUGUCGGUCACGGGAGGAUGGUGGUCUGGGAAUCACUCGAGCCUACAUCUACCACGUCACGGCAAAGGAGACGGCGGGAGCGCAUCUCUUGACGAUGCACAACGUCCACUAUCAGCUCAAUCUGAUGCAGAGGGCUAGGGAAGCGAUUAUCGAGGAUAGAUAUCCCGCCUUCCUGCGGGACUUCUUCGCUAAGCUCUACGACGACAAGAGCAAGUAUCCCGGAUGGGCAGUGACUGCAUUGAGGGGGGUGGGAGUAGAUUUGCUGAGCGAUUGAACGUGGGCGCAGAUAGAUGAGAGCUAGCCAUAGACUCCUCAGAAUCCCAACCGCUCUCCAGCGC